AGUCCAUCUACUGUUGUGAUACGUUAAAAUGGUAAAUAUAUAGGCUGUAGUCAGGUAAACCAAAGGAAAGCAAAUCAAAGCAAAACCCAUUUAAGCCUAGAGGCUGCUGAGUGAGAGCUCCUAAAAGCAAGAAAUUGUUUUUCUUCCUCCCACAAUAAGGAGAAAAAACAAAAGAAAGGCAAUGAACAGAAUAUGUAAAAAUGGGGGGUUUUAUAAUUAUUAUGUGUAUAUAUAUUUGGUGAGCCCAGUUGCCUUGCUCUAACCAUUUACAGGCAGAAAUAGAGAGAAAGAUAGAGAUAGAGAGAAGAAAGAAGGGCUUGCUGUAGAGCUAGCCACCUAAUUCCUCAAAUUAAACCUCCUCUCCUUCCUUUUUCCUUCCUUCUUCUUGUUCUUGUUCUUGUUCUGCUUCUGCUUCUUGUUGUUGAUCUCUUUACCUUGUUAAGGAAAGAAGGAAGAUCUCCAUAUGUCUAGCUGCAUAGAUAUGGUGCCUGAGCAACUCUGCUACAUCCCUUGCAACUUCUGCAAUAUCGUGCUUGCGGUAACCUACAAUAUCCUUUCCUUGUCUUAAUUUUUUUUUUAUCUACCAAGCAAAUUGGGGUUUCAUUCAUGGAUAUGAAGAUACAAUAAUAAUGGUGAUCCACAUAUGCAUGUGAGCUAAGCAACCAACAAUUCUGAUCAAUUUCUGUCUGCAAACCAAAUUAAAGCUUUCUCUUUUUCUCUUGAUGGGAAUUUGUGGUGUGUGGCUUCUCUUCUGUGUCAAAUCUGGAGAGAAUCUUAAAGAGGGAAGAAAGCAUGGGUUUUUCAAUUUUUAGUUUUUUCAUGGUGGGUGGAAUUGUACUGGGGUGAUGAAUGAUAAAAGCUUCAGCUGGUUUUUUUUUAUGAUCAGAAGUGUGACAGGCAUCCCACUCAGAAGCCCUCUCCCAUCAAAAUUUCUCAGCUGGGUCUUUGUUUUUGUAUUUUCUCUCAUAGUCUAGUCAAGUCCACAUCCUUUUGGACUUUCUUCUUCUUCUUCUUCUCCCUCUCUUUCUUUCUUUGACAGUCAAAAGAAAAGCGAGAGAGAAACAAGGCAAUCGUCUGAAACAUGAACCCAGAGAGAUUUUUAUGAUGAUAGAUUGUGUGAAUAAAGAAAAAGAAAACGUCCUCCCAAAUUGCAAGUGUACGUUUUUUAAUUGAUGAUGAAGACAACUCAACCUUCACCAUUUACAUAGUGCCUGCACCACAAACUGCUGCAACGAGACUUUCUCCCCUCUCUUUCUUGGACAUUUCGUCGAACACCUAGCGAGCAUCCCCCCAACCUCUCAACUCACUCCCGACCCAGUAAUCGAUUCUUAGUCUUCUCAAUGUUUUAAAUUAUGGGUUUUGCUUCUCCCCAGAUGGGUAAUGAAACCCAUCAAAGAAAAUAGUAAAAAGGCGAGAUCUUUGACAAUUAGUUUUUUUUUUUUUUGGGCAGGUGAGCGUUCCAUGCAGCAAUCUGCUGGACAUAGUUACGGUCCGAUGCGGGCACUGCACCAAUCUCUGGUCCGUCAACAUGGCCGCUGCCUUCCAGUACUCUCUCUCUUCCUGGCACCACCAGGGUGGAACUGGAACUGGAAAUGGAAAUGGGAAUGCCUUUACUAGUAACCAGAACUAUCAUCAUGCUGCUGCUGGUGGUGGUGGCUCGUCUUCGUCUGCUUCUGGCAAAUCGAACCCGGCGCCCAACAAGUUGUCGGCCAGGUCGUUGGCCCCGGCUAAAUUAGCCGAAGAACGAGUCAUCAACCGACCUCCCGAGAAGCGGCAGCGAGUGCCUUCUGCAUACAACCAGUUCAUAAAGGAGGAGAUCCAGAGGAUCAAGGCCAAUAACCCGGACAUCAGUCACCGUGAGGCUUUCAGUACUGCCGCUAAAAAUUGGGCACACUUCCCUCACAUUCACUUUGGGUUGAUGUUGGAGACUAACAAGAAAACAACCUACUAAGCUCCGUUAAUCAUCGUUGUCGACGUUUCAUUUUGGUUGAUAUUGUAGGGUUGAGAGAGAGAAAAAUGCUUUAAUGUGAAGGGGUUUGCCACAAUUGAUGGCUGAUAAAUGCUAAUUGAGGAAGGAGCUCGAGCCUUGAUGGAUCUUCCAUGGUUGUUCUUGAUUUUCAUAAGAUUAUGAAGUACUAAUUCCAUUUUUAAUUAUCAAAGCAUGCUUUUGUUUCUUCCUUUCUUUUUGCAAAAUGUUGAAUUAUGUACAACGGUGGGUUGGAUUUUAAGUAUAUGUACACAUAUAAGUAAUGCAAUAUGUUCCUAUGAAUAUUGGAUGUGUUUGGUUGUCGGAAUUAUAAUCAUGAUACCUGAAUUCAUGUGGUUCAAUGUAGUAAUUUACUUCAACAAUCA